GUGCGUUGGACCGUUGUGUGAUGGGCAUCACGGCUGUAGAGAUCCUGAAUGCGUGUGAUGAGGUGGUGCCGGCCGCUGUGGACGCUCUAAGCCACCCUGCGGUCAACCUGAAACAGGCCAUGACACGACGCAGCCUGGCCGCGCUCAAGAACAUGGCUACACACAAACUGCAGACCCUGGCUACCAACCUACUGGCUGCAGACAACGCAGACAAGGGGAACCUGCAGAAGUACUCCAACAACAGUCUGGUGGUGCAGGCCAUGAAGACCAAUCUGACAGACCCUGACAUGCAUGUCCUGUUCUUCGACGUGGAGUCGGUGAUCAUCCAGCUGCUGACGGAGGAGGCCCAGCGGCCCAACCCCACCCUGGUCUCCCCUGAGACCCUCCAGAAGGCCCAGGCAGCAGCCGACAAGGGAGGGUCCUUCCUCGCCAACAAGAUCUUCAAACAGGUGAAGGAGACAAUGAAGGAGACCAUUAAGGAGCACCUCCUGGAUGAAGACGAGGAGGAAGAGGAGGAGAUGAGGAGACGUGAGGAGAAGUCUAAGUCUCUGUCUCUGUUGGAGUAUAACCUGACUAUGGACACGGCUAAACUGUUCAUGUCCUGUCUCCACGCCUGGGGUCUCAACGGACCACUGGACGAGGUGUGUCUGAGCAGACUGGGCAUGCUCAAACCCCACUGCCCCAUCUCCUUCGGUCUCAUAUCCCGUGGAGGACAUAUGUCUCUCAUGCUGCCCACCUUCAAGGAGUCCCUGCUGCGUCAGAUGGCCCUGUCCACGGGCAGGAAGUUGUCCCUGUCAGAGAUGGUGGGUAAAGGGACAUACGGAGUGUCCCGGGCCGUGACUACCCAGCACCUGCUCUCUGUCAUCUCAUUGGCUAACACCCUGAUGGGCAUGACCAAUGCCACCUUCGUGGGAGAACACAUGAAGAAGACACCCGUUAGGCCUCCUAGACCCGGGACCCCUGAGACCCCCAAAAAGACUGCAGUACCGCCUCAGGUGUCUAGUCCGGCCGUGCAGGGACAGAUCAAACAAGCCGCUGCUGUUGCUGCUACUACCAGUACUACCACUCCUGGCACUGGGGCUUUUCCCCCAGGUCCUGCCGCUUUCCAUUGUCCCUCAGUCAACGAAGGCUGGAGCCAGCUGGCUGCUAUGCACUGUGUGAUGCUGCCUGACCUGCUGGGCCUAGACAAGUUCAGACCACCUCUACUGGAGAUGUUGGCACGCCGCUGGCAGGACCGCUGUCUGGAGGUGAGAGAGGCGGCGCAGGCCCUGCUUCUGGCUGAGCUGCGAAGGAUUGGUCAGUCAGGCAGGAAGGACACAAUCGACCUGUGGGCCCCAUACCUGCCCCAGUACGUGGAUCAAGUCAGCUCACCGGGAACCUCCGCUGACCCCGCCGUGCCGCCCCCACCCCUUCCCGAAACCCUUCCUGUGGAAACACAGCUCCCCACUGCCGAGGAGAUGGAAGUCACGGACGAUGACAUCAUAGCAGGCUGUCUGUCCAACCUGCCUCCCAACACCAAGAAGAUCUGUAACUCGUACGAGGAGCGUCGUAAACAGGCCACCGCCAUCGUCCUGCUGGGAGUCAUCGGGGCAGAGUUCGGGGCGGAGCUGGAACCCCCUAAGCUGCCGUCUCGUGCCAGGACCAGUGGACAGGCUCCGGAAGGUUUCGGACUGACUACUGGAGGAUCCAACUACUCUCUGGCCAGACACACCUGUAAGGCCCUGACGUUCCUCCUCCUGCAGCCCCCCAGCCCCAAGAUGCCCCCCCACAGCACCAUCCGCCGUACAGCCAUAGACCUGAUUGGUCGAGGCUUCACCGUGUGGGAGCCUUAUAUGGAUGUGUCCGCUGUUCUCAUGGGGCUACUGGAGCUGUGUGCUGACGCAGAGAAACAGCUGGCCAACAUCACAAUGGGCCUGCCCCUUAACCCAGCAGCCGACUCGGCCCGCUCAGCACGCCACGCUCUGUCUCUCAUCGCCACCGCCAGACCUCCGGCCUUCAUCACAACCAUUGCCAGAGAGGUCCACAGACACACAGCCAUGCAGGCAAACUCCCAGUCGCAGCAGAAUGUCCACACCACCUCUCUGGGCCGGGCUAAGACAGAGAUCAUCAGGGUUAUAGAUAUCCUCAUUGAGAAGAUGCCGACUGACGUCGUGGACCUGCUGGUCGAGGUGAUGGACAUUAUCAUGUACUGCAUCGAAGGCUCUCUGGUGAAGAAGAAAGGGCUGAAUGAGUGUUUCCCUGCUAUCUGCAAGUUCUACAUGGUGGGAUACUGCGACCGGAGUCACCGUAUUGCCGUGGGGGCCCGCCAGGGUUCAGUAGCCCUUUACGAUGUCCGCACGGGCAAGUGCCAGAACAUCCAUGGGCAUAAGGGUCCCAUCACAGCGGUGUCGUUUGCUCCUGACGGGAGGUACCUGGCCACCUACUCUAACGCGGACAGCCACAUCUCUUUCUGGCAGAUGAAUACGUCUCUGCUGGGCAGCAUUGGCAUGUUGAACUCUACCCCCCAGCUGAAGUGCAUCAAAACCUACCAGGUCCCCCCGGUGCAGCCUGCCUCCCCUGGCUCUCAGAACGCCCUGAAGCUGGCCCGCCUUAUCUGGACCUCCAACCGGAACGUCAUCCUCAUGGCCCACGACGGCAAGGAGCACCGCUUCAUGGUCUGAGGGGGGGUCAGGGGACGAGGUCACUUGGGGUUAGAGGUUAAACGGUCACCACCAGGGGGGGGGGGUCAACUAACUAACAACAACCAGGAAGUGAUUGAGAUGAAAAAGGCUGUGCAUCUAUCGUUUACAUUGAUUACUAUUACUGCUGUUUCAUUGUCCUGUUGUUUACACUGUUGUCCAUUUUAAUUCCCCCACUCUAAUUGUUGUUGUUCCUCUCCUCUGUUAUUUAAAGUGAAACACCACUAGUGUUGCCCCCUAGUCUGUCUUGGUCUUUUUCAAAGCCCUCGGUGUGCUGAUUCGGCUUCUAGAUGUAAACUUUACACCUUUUAAUAAAUUGUUGUGCGUGUGAUGGAGAGGUCAUGUGUGGACCUGCACUGAGAGGUGUCAGGUGUAAAAAGUGUGUGUGGGGUUACGCAUUUUGUCUUAACUGCACCAAGCAUCUGAGCCGUGUGUUAAAUAGGACACCCCCCUUUUGCUCACCUCUACGGCAACUGACGAUGUACACCUUUAAACACUUUAACCGAGCCAUUCUACUCUCCCGAAUGUUUAUAUUACACCCCAAAGAGAGGGAAGACGUGUUUCAUAAACGUAUCACUAUAAGGUCCGAGAGGAAGAUCAUAUCAUAUGAAGAAUAUAUCACUAUAAAGGCUUUAUCGUUGUUGCUGCUUGUUUUACUACGUACCUCUGUCUGUUCAUUAACUGUUGGAUACUGACUAGAAUAAUGUGGCAGGCUAAGAUACUCGUAUUAAUAUGUACAUUGAGCCAAGGAGUCCUAUUGGACGGCCACGACGUAGCAAAGACAAAAAAACCUUCGCCCUGAUCCUCUUAUUGCAGAUAUACUAGGUUCUGAGAGUACGUACAAUAUACUAGGUUCUCAGAGUACAUACAAGAUACUAGGUUGUGAGAGUACAUACAAUAUACUAGGUUCUGAGAGUACGUACAAGAUACUAGGUUGUGAGAGUAUAUACAGAUACUAGGUUCUGAGAGUACAUACAAUAUACUAGGUUCUGAGAGUACGUACAAGAUACUAGGUUGUGAGAGUAUAUACAGAUACUAGGUUGUGAGAGUACAUACAAUAUACUAGGUUCUCAGAGUACAUACAACAUACUAGGUUGUGAGAGUAUAUACAGAUACUAGGUUCUGAGAGUACAUACAAUAUACUAGGUUGUGAGAGUACAUACAAGAUACUAGGUUGUGAGAGUAUAUACAGAUACUAGGUUCUGAGAGUACAUACAAUAUACUAGGUUGUGAGAGUACAUACAAGAUACUAGGUUGUGAGAGUAUAUACAGAUACUAGGUUCUGAGAGUAUAUACAGAUACUAGGUUCUGAGAGUACAUACAAUAUACUAGGUUGUGAGAGUAUAUACAGAUACUAGGUUCUGAGAGUACAUACAAUAUACUAGGUUGUGAGAGUACAUACAAGAUACUAGGUUGUGAGAGUAUAUACAGAUACUAGGUUGUGAGAGUACAUACAAUAUACUAGGUUCUCAGAGUACAUACAAGAUACUAGGUUGUGAGAGUAUAUACAGAUACUACUGUAGUUUCUGAGAGUAUGGAUAUAUUUUAGAGAGACUUUACAUUGACUAUAUAUCCCUGGAAUGUGUGCAGAUGCUAUUAUUUUCUUCUUGCUAUAAACCCCUGGCCCGGGCAGCAGGCUGCGAGUGUUUUUAGGGUCCCUGCGAGUGUUUUUAGGGUCCCUGCGAGGGUUUUUAGGGUCCCUUUGAGUGUUUUUAGGGUCCCUGCGAGUGUUUUUAGGGUCCCUGCGAGUGUUUUUAGGGCCCCUUUGAGUUCUCUGCUCUGCUGCUGCUCUGCCUGCUCCGCUUUUCUCCACCUCAUCUCCGCUGCUGUCAAGUUCCUUUCAUUAGCCGUGUAAAAGCUUCUAACGCCAGAGAACACCUGCAAGCCCAAGCGUGUCAAAGCUUUUCACAAGUUCUCUCCACACAAAAAAAGUACUCCCCCCCAAUCUUGUCAGACUGCUUUUGAUGGUCUUGACUUGACUUCCCUCCAACCUUGGAAGAUCUUAAUCUCUUUUCUCCACUGCCCACUGUAAUAGCUUCAGAAAAUGUGUUUUUUGGCAGUUUCUCUGAGAAAGAAAAAAAAAACAUUGAGAUGGAAAGAGCCAAGUAGAGAAAAGUAAGUGAGAAAGACCCUAGAGGAGGAUUUCAUCUAAUUUUUCUUCCAGGCUGCCUUAAAUUAUGUUUUUGUAAUUCUUUUGAAUGAGAUGAACAGAACAUUGUAGUAUCAGUGGGUCUAACACACAACCUUGAGGAACUCCUUUUGUUAUAGGUACGUCUGUUUUAAAAACAGAGCUGAUACUGCUCUCUCGGUGUUGUUUUAUUCCUGCACCGGAGCGUUUGUCUGAGGUGUCGAAAGACUUCAUACAUUGGCUGGUAACUAACCUGUUAGAGUGACAGACAUGUAAAAUACCGGUCAAAUGUUUUACACCUCAUUCAAAGGUUUUUUUUUAUUUUUUUUACUAUUUUCUACAUUGUAGAAUAAUGGUGAAGACAUUUAAAAUAUGAAAUAACACGUAUGGAAUCAUGUAAUAACCCCAAAAAGUAUUAAACAAAUCAGAAUAUAUUUGAUAUUUGAGAUUCUAAAAAAUAGCCCCCCUUUGCCUUGAUGACAGCUUUGCACACACUUGGCAUUCUCUCAACCAGCUUCACCUGGAAUGCUUUUUCAACAGUCUUGAAGGAGUUCCCACAUACGCUGAGCACUUGUUGGCUGCUUUUCCUUCACUCUGCGGUCCGACUCAUCCCAAACCUUCUCAAUUUGUUUGAGGUCGGGGAAUUGUUGAGGCCAGGUCAUCUGAUGCAGCACUCAAUCACUCUCCUUGGUAAAAUAGCUCUUACACAGCCUGGAGGUGUGUUGAUAGUCCCACCAAACCAGAUGGGAUGGCGUAUCGCUGCAGAAUACUGUGGUAGCCAUGCUGGUUAAGUGGGCCUUGAAUUCUAAAUAAAUCAAAUCUCCAAUUUGGACUCCAGACCAAAGGACAGAUUUCCACUGGUCUAAUGUCCAUUGCUCAUGUUUCUUGGCCCAAGCAAGUCUCUUCUUCUUAUUGGUGUCCUUCAGUAAUGGUUUCUUUGCAGCAAUUCGACCAUGAAGGCCUGAUUCACACAGUCUCCUCUGAACAGUUGAUGUUGAGAUGUGUCUGUCACUUGAACUCCGUGAAGCAAUUAUUAGGUAACUUUGGGUCUUCCGUUCACUGUGGCGGUUCUCAUGAGAGCCUGUUUCAUCAUAGUGCUUGAUGGUUUUUGCGACUGCACUUGAAGAAUCUUCUGUAUACCCCCCUACCUUGUCACAACACAACUGAUUGGCUCAAACACAUUAAGAAGGAAAGAAAUUCCACAAAUUAACUUUGAAGAAGGCACACCUGUUAAUUGAAAAGGCAUUCCAGGUGACUACCUCGUGACUACCUCUCUGGUUGAGAGAAUGCCAAGAGUGUGUAAAGCUGUCUUAAAGCCAAAGGGUGACUAUUUGAAAAAUCUUUUUGUGGUUACUACAUGAUUCCAUAUGUGUUAUUUUAUAGUUUUGAUGUCUUCACUAUUAUUCUACAAUGUAGAAAAUAGUCCAAAUAAAGACAAACCCUUGAAUGAGUAGGUGUUGUAAAACUUUUGACCGGUAGUGUUUUGAAACACAUUCCCUCUCUAGAUUACUGGAGACGUAUGGAACACUUGGCUCUGCUGUGAUUGGCUGCGGUUCAGGUGUCGUGUGAAGUUGUCCCUAGAAGGCUAAUCUUGGGUCAGUUUUGCGUUACUUAAUGGUUACGGUUGGAAGAGGGAAAGCUGAUGGGGGAGCUGAGUUUCCUCUGUACCUCCUGUGUUCAGGAGGACUGCUCCUUUAAUGGUCUUCCUCUCUGGAGGCUGCUAGCUACGUACUUGCCAUGGCUAAUGAAUUCCCACCAAUACACUGUUAGUGUACUUGGAGCACUGUCUGUCACGGUGUGUGUAUUGGAGAGCAGGAUUUAGGGUAGGUCUCUAUAGAGAAGGUUGUGAGGCUGCCUUCCCUCUCUCCCGAUCUCUUGCUCUUCCUCCCUUCCUACCUCCUUCUUCCUCCCCUCCUUGAGCCACAGCCAGUCUCUGUCAUUAGGCUGAACCACAGAGACAGACAGGACCCAGCCCCAAGCCUGGCUCCAGCCUCAGCAGCAUGGAGUACACCAGGCAGACUGUAAACAGCGUUCAGUGGGGAUAGCUGCUGGGCUCUCUGUCUGUCUGUCUGUCUGUCUGUCUGUCUGUCUGUCUGUCUGCCUGUCUGUCUCUGUCUGUCUGUCUCUGUCUGUCUGUCUGUCUGUCUGUCUCUGUCUGCCUGUCUGUCUGUCUGUCUGUCUGUCUGUCUCUGUCUGUCUGUCUGUCUGUCUGUCUGUCUGUCUGUCUGUCUCUGUCUGCCUGUCUGUCUCUGUCUGCCUGUCUGUCUGUGUCUGUCUGUCUGUCUCUGUCUGUCUGUCUGUCUGUCUGUCUCUGUCUGCCUGUCUGUCUCUGUCUGCCUGUCUGUCUGUCUGUCUGUCUGUCUGUCUCUGCCUGUCUGUCUGUCUGCACCCUCACUUCCUGAGCAGUAGGAGACCCAACCCAGAACUAUUCCCACCUGGUCCUGUGGAUCUCACGGAGCCUUCUGGAAUCUAGCUUGUCUUUGUGUUUCAGGUUGACUGAGUGACAUGUACUCUGACACAAAUAUGUUUUACAUGUUCUGUUAAUAAAGAGGACCAAGUAGUUUGGGGGUUUUUUUACAUUUUUUUUUGUUGUUUUGUUUAUUUUGCUUGGCUGAAAUGUUUCUCCGAUAUAGAUGUUUAAAAGCUGAAACUAAAGUUUGACACGUGAAGGUUAUGCAAUGUUACUCCUCAGAACUUGAUGAAGAUGAAAUGUAGCUUCCUGCAGAUUUUCUUUCCUAAAUGUCAACACAUUCUGUGAUAUUUCUCCCUGCUUGCACGAAUGAUAUUUUUACAAUCCAAUUCUUUAUUUUUCAUUAAUAAAUUCUAUCUCUUUUCAUUCUUCUGUAUUACCAGACAGGAGAUUUCAGGUCUGCUAUAGCUCAACUGCAGCUAGGACCAAUACAGAUCUACCCUACCUCUCUGUCCCCUCUCCUCGCUCUUCUCUCCUCUCUCACACUCCCUCACUCCUCUCUCCUCUCCUCGCUCUUCUCUCCUCUCUCACACUCCCUCACUCCUCUCUCCUCUCCUCGCUCCUCUCUCCUCUCUCACACUCCCUCACUCCUCUCUCCUCUCCUCGCUCUUCUCUCCUCUCUCACACUCCCUCACUCCUCUCCCCUCUCUCCUCUCCUCUCUCACACUCCCUCACUCCUCUCUCCUCUCCUCGCUCCUCUCUCCUCUCUCACACUCCCUCACUCCUCUCUCCUCUCCUCGCUCUUCUCUCCUCUCUCACACUCCCUCACUCCUCUCCCCUCUCUCCUCUCCUCUCUCACACUCCCUCGCUCCGUGCUGAAACACAAACUGGCAGCACUCCUGCCGUUGCUUUAAGUAUCCUAUUGCUCUGUCAGCUGCCCUUCUCUUAAAUAGACAGACAUAAAAGAACUUCAAUGUCAGUUUAUUUGAUAGGUUUAACAUUAUCUAGUGUGAUGAUGAUGAUGGCAAUGGUGGUGGUGGUGAUGAAGAUCAUGACGAUGGUGGUGGUGAUGGCGAUGGGGGUGAUGAAGGUGAUGAUGAUAUUGAUCUAGCUUCCCUACUGUCUCUCUGUUGUAGUUUGGCUCUGAAGGUGCUCUGUGACUGUACCUGUAACUUGGUGGUGUACAUGCUGUGCAUAUGUGCUUUCGAUCGUUCACCUAAUAAUAUAUUAUAUUGAUGAAGACGUACUGUAAUGUCCCGUGUUUAAAAACUAUCUAUUGUGUUUGACUUCUGUGUUCAAUAAAAAUGAUAUGUCUGACAAUG